AUACGCCUGUGGAGCAGCAGUGGUUGAAGCAACAGUUUCCUCUAGCUCCAAGACUUCCAGGGAGCCAAGAAAGACCCCCCAAUCCCCCAUCACAGUCAUGGACAGCCUCUUAAUGAGUCGAAGGAAAUUCCUCUACCACUUCAAAAAUAUAAGAUGGGCUAGGGGUCGUCAUGAAACCUACCUGUGCUAUGUUGUGAAACGUCGGGAUAGUGCCACUUCCUUCUCCCUGGACUUUGGCUACCUCCGCAACAAGAAUGGCUGCCAUGUAGAAUUGAUCUUCCUUCGAUACAUCUCUGCCUGGGACCUCGAUCCUAGCCGAUGCUAUAGGGUAACAUGGUUCACUUCAUGGAGUCCCUGCUACGAUUGUGCCCGGCAUGUGGCCAACUUCCUUCGCUGCUACCCUAACCUAACUCUUCGAAUCUUCACUGCCCGUCUGUACUUCUGUGAGGACAAGAAAGCUGAGCCAGAGGGACUUCGACGUUUGCAUCAGGCUGGUGUCCAAAUUACAAUCAUGACUUUCAAAGAUUAUUUUUAUUGCUGGAACACCUUUGUGGAAAAUAGAGAAAGGACCUUCAGAGCGUGGGAAGGAUUGCAUGAAAAUUCUGUUCGCCUGUCUCGACAGCUCCGGCGUAUCCUCUUGCCACUAUAUGAGAUUGAUGACUUAAGAGAUGCCUUCCGUACCUUGGGACUUUGAUACCAGCUUCAAUAAGAUCACACAGAGUGACAUAACUCGAGAGACAAUGAAUCCUCCCUCCCUCUAAUCUUUCCUUCCUAUGUCUAAAUUGACACAUUUAAUCUCCAUUUUCUCCUUUCCUCCCCCCUCACCGUUUUUAUGAAUUCAGAAGAAAAAAUACUUUGAAUUCUUUUAUGAUGUCUUGAGAAAAGAAUAGAUAUAUACUUCCUGAUCAAGACCACAAAAUUCUAUUCAUCCCUAUUUCUCCUUCUCCCUCAACCCUAUUCGUUACAACAUCUCCUUCUAGAAGAUACUUGAACUGGUGAAUGAAUUCACCCACCAAGAAUCUAUUAUGCUGGUAACAUCAGCUUUGGGAAAUGCUGAAGCUAUGAGGGAUGAGAACAUUCUCAAAAUUCUCCACCCUGGAUCUUCUGGCCAGGAUAAUUUUUCAUAAUUUGUUCCAGUUGAAUUUUCAGUGAUCUCACCGAUGCUCCUCCUAACCUUUUGCCUUGAUAAUGUGUUUCAAACUUUAAUUAAGACAGAUUGCUAUAGGGACACAGCCUUUCUAUGAGAAAGGUUGAAUAACUCUAACCUUAAACCUUCUUUUCAAAGCAUUAAUAUCU